UAACUUAGUCGAUGCUUAAACCUUGUUUCUUUAAAAUUCAUGUUCACUGCCCUAUGGGCUGUCAGAUGCUUGUUGCUCAUAGCGCGAACGUUCCCUGUGUAAAGUAGUUUCCUCACGAUUUUAUCGACGUGUGAAGACUAAUUUCCUCGAAAUUAUCGAAGAACCUUUGGUGAUUAAUUAGAGUGCCAAGGUUUGUGGACACAACAGUUACUGCUGAAUCAGUUGGUCAAGCUUUUUCUCUUUGGUCUCUACGCGCAGAAUUGGUGUCCGUCCUGUCUGCCUGCGUGACUGGUAGCUUGCAGCAGUACAGCAGCAGCGAGAACACAUCAGAAGCGAUUCGUGACGAUGAGAUCUCUGUCAGAAAGUGCCUUUCAGAUGCCAGUUCUAAGCACACGCUGCGUGCCGGCCCAUGUUUGCAUCUAACGCCAGCACUCCUUUUCCAGACCUCGGCUCAGACAGCGACUCUUUCAGUGGCAAAUCUCUGGCUUUCCUGUCUGAUUCCAUCGCUGAAGGAACUCGAGCAGAAAGAUUUACUGUGGAAGAAGGGGAAAUAGCCGAUGUGGAAAAAGCUGACACAUUGAAAAACACAGAACUUACAACGGUGUGGUAGCUCUACAGAGGUCUCUGUAAAGGGCACCUCGUUGACUACAGUGGUAAAUUUAAUGAUUGUUUCCUAAUCAGUGCAUUGGUACUGAUGCUUACUCUGUACAGUGAGCACGCUAGGCAUGCCUCUUUCUCAUAAAAGUGCUCUUUCAACAGGACGGAUCCAUCCAGACUUUAUACUCUGUUGACUGUCAAUCCAGGAGACUGCUACUUUAUCUAAUCAAAUUGCUACCAAUGAUUUGAGGUCUCACGUUGUCAAAACUAUUUCCCAGACUCCUCAUUGGUGCCAUCGUUAAGUGUGCUUACGGAUUCAUCUCAAGAGGCUAGUGCUUAAGUCAGACCUCUCUACCGGUAUGGCUUUCAACCUGUCUUCAAUACGUGACACAAAAUGGCUGACUCUGGAAGUGUGUCGGCAGUUUCAGAGAGGGACGUGUUCACGUAGUGAUGAGGAAUGCAAAUUUGCACACCCACCAAAGAGCUGCCAGGUGGAAAAUGGAAGAGUUAUUGCCUGCUUCGACUCACUGAAGGGGCGCUGCUCACGUGAGAACUGCAAGUACCUUCACCCGCCAUCACACCUGAAGACGCAGCUGGAGAUCAACGGACGCAACAACCUGAUCCAGCAGAAGACGGCGGCCGCCGUGCUGGCCCAGCAGAUGCAGUUCAUGAUCCCCGGCUCCAGCAUGCCCCAAGUCCCCUCGUUCCCUAUGAACCAGGGUCUGGGGACCAGCCCUGUCAUCAGCUACUCCCCCUACAUCACGCCCAUGACUCAUGGGAUGGGGCUGGUUUCCACGGAGAUGCUCCCCAGCACCCAAGUCAUUAUGCCUGGCAGCCCUCCCGUCACAGUCCAGAGCGUCUCCUCAUCCUCUCCUACCCAGAAGGCUUUGCGCGCCGACAAACUAGAGGUGUGUCGCGAAUUCCAGCGUGGCAACUGUGCGCGCGGCGAAACGGACUGCCGCUUCGCCCACCCCAGCGACAGCCCCACCAUCGACACGAGCGACAACACGGUCACCGUGUGCAUGGACUACGUCAAGAGCCGCUGCUCCCGCGACAAGUGCAAGUACUUCCACCCGCCCGCACACCUGCUGGCCAAGAUCAAGGCCUCCCAGCAGCAGGUCACCCAGACCCAGGCGGCGGCGGCCGCGGCUGCUGCUGCUGCAGCCAUGACUCAGUCGACUGCCAAAGCAGUGAAGCGACCCCUCGAGGCAACUGUAGAUCUGGCUUUCCCCCACAGUGUCUUGCAGCCCCUACCAAAGAGACCAGCACUUGAGAAGAGUAACGGGGCCAGCGCUCUGUUCAACCCCAGUUUUUUGCACUACCAGCAGGCUUUGGCCAAUGCGCAGAUGCAGCAGUCUGCCUUCUACCCCACCGGGCCAGUCUUGUGCAUGACUCCUGCUACCAGCAUUGUACCCAUGAUGUACAGUGCUACGCCUGCUACUGUCUCUGCAGCAACAACUCCUGCCACAAGUGUCCCCUACGCAGCAACAGCACCAGCCAAUCAGAUAAUCUUGAAAUAGCUAAUCAACAUGGAAUGGAGUGUCAUCAUGCAGCACUUAGAGGUCCAAGACAGCUCCUCUGUAAAUAUAACCUAUUCUUCACACAAGAUCUGCAGCAACCUGCAUGCUAAGACAAGAAUUAAGAAGCACUCACCUUUUUCCUUACAGUAAUGCCGACUUCAAAUGUUAACUAUACCAAUAAGAGUAACGUAAUACUAGAAUGAAUACUAGUAUCAUACUAGUACAUGUAUUUGACACAAUCAGAAUAUUGUAUGUACAUACACAAAACUUGUGAAUGUGGAGACUUUAUUGAAAUGUGUAACCUUGAGUUUUAUUUUUGUUCCAUAUUUGUUUUUAAGACAUUAUGUACCAAGGAAACAACUUAAUUUGCACUUUCGGGAAAGACAUGUCUUAUGUUUUAUGCAGUACCCCCAUGUACUGUGUAAGAAUUAUAGAGAGAAGAACUCGGUGUAAUGAUCCAGAAUUCAACCUGUCAUGGUUACUGGACUGUAUGGCUUUGCAUCUGGCCGAACUCGUAUCCAUAAAACCACAAAUGUUUCAGAAGACAGUUUAAUAUCUCCACAUAGGAGUAUGAUCAUGCACCAGUGCUCCAAGACCUAAUAAGUUUUAUUCUUUGUUUGUUUCUCUUAAUUAAAUAAUAAUAAUAAUAAUAAUAACAAUAAUAAUAAUAGGGUGGAGCACAGUGCCCCCUUGUGGAGGAAAAACUGUCUUGCCUCUAGUACUUAUUGAUUUAUUCAUCAUUGCCAUACAAACUCAUGCAAAUAUUAAUGACAUGAAUGCUUGCAAAUGUUGUGGUUAUCAGAUCCAGCAAAUUCUAAUUUGUUUUUUUUUCAACAAGUUUGUUUAGAGUUUGAAUAAGCCUAUUGUGCAUCAUUGUCAAAUCCUUUUGAGCACCAUCAUAGUGGCAUAUAUCCACAUCCCCAUAAAGUGCCAUUUGGACAUAAAAUUUAGACAUUUAGAUUAUGUGGCUGAAAAGUAUGGGUGUCUGCAGGCAGACAGAAAUGGCCAAGGUGAAAUAAUAUAUUGGCCAAAAGAAGGCUAAUAGCAGAGCUGAAUUAUACAGACAUCCAUAAGUUUCAGAUGGGUCUGUUCUAAAGUUGUCAUAGACAACCAUUGUCAAUGAAUGAGUGGUCUGUUUGAGUACCUGUAGAAGUGCCUGAAGUUCUUAAUCUACAGAAAAAGCAUUUUAAGAUGAUUUUUGUUCAUAGCACAAUUGACAGUUUUAAUGCGAUGUGUCAAUAUUAUUUGAUAUGGAAGGUGGGAAACAUUUUGUUUUAAGUUUUUUUUGUUUGUUUGUUUAAGAUUGAAAUGAUAAACCCUUUAGCUGCAUUUAGAAAUUUAAUUGUGUUGGUAUAGGUCAAAAUGUCACAAGGUCAAGUAUGACGUGAUGUUGAGUUAGUUUAAAUGUUGAUGUAAUUACUCUUUCAAUUGUUUCCAGUUUCAAGUGCGAAAGUAAGUGUGAUUACUGCAUCCACAUUGUUACUGACAAGUUACAUCUCUCCUCUACAUUGUCUUUAGAUAUUCAUUUUCAUUUCAGAGCUAAGAGCUUUCCGACUGCAUUAAGCACUGAACACAAUUCUGGGUGGAUUUCAUCAUUAUACUGUAUGCAGUAUCCAUUAUUAACAUUAGUCCUAAGUUUUCAGUAUAGUACAUUUCUCUCUCUCUCUCUCCUUCUCUCUAUUUCUCUAUCUCACUCUCUGUGUGUCUGCGUGUCUAUAUGUAUGUGUGUGAGUGCAUUUGUUUAUGUACACACUUGCAUGGGGAUUUGACAGAGACUAAAAGAAAGUCACUAUGUACACAUCUUGGUAUGAGAUUAAUAGACAAUCUACAUCAAGACUCCUUUAAAUCUUGGAAAGAGGCACUGUUCUUAUUCAUUCUUUUUUCCUUACUCUUUUGUUGAGAUAUAUUUUAAAAAUGUCCUUAUGGGUGUAUAUGGAAAUAUAUUAUUAAGUGUAUUUUGUUCUCAUUCUUUGUUCUUUGUUAGUCCUUUACACAAUGUUGUAACCGAGUAUAUUUUAAACUGAAUGUAAUUUAUUAUGCUAGGCCCUUUUCUGCUGGUGUCCCAGCUUGAGACGGUACUGGCAGGAGGGCCUCUGAAAGCCGUCUGUGGUGUAGGGGGAUUUCUGAUCGGUCUGCUCAGGCCUUCAGCUCUCACACAUCACUGCCUUGCCACCAUCACAAGACA